AUGGUAUUUUGGGUUUUUGGAUAUGGUUCACUUGUGUGGAACCCUGGUUUUGAAUACGACGAGAAAGUGAUAGGUUACAUCAAGGACUACAGGCGUGUUUUUGAUGUUGCAUGCAUUGAUCACAGAGGUACCCCUGAGCACCCUGCUCGGACUUGCUCUUUGGAGUACCAAAAAGGAGCUAUUUGCUGGGGUGCUGCUUAUUCUGUACGCGGAGGGCCUGAAAGGGAAAAACUGGCAAUGGAGUACUUGGAAAGGAGAGAAUGUGAAUAUGAUUUAAAGACCCUUGUGAACUUUUAUAAGGAAGAGGACUUCUCUGAGUCUGAGCCUUCCGUGACAGGAGUGAUUGUUUUCACAUCCACUCCAGACAAGGAAUCAAACAAGUAUUAUCUGGGUCCUGCUCCAUUGGAGGAUAUGUCAAGGCAAAUCGCCACUGCAUUUGGGCCCUGCGGAAACAAUAGAGACUAUCUCUUUCUAUUGGAGAAGGCUAUGUUUGAUAUUGGCCAUGAAGAUGACUAUGUGAUUGAGCUUGCAAAUGAGGUGAGGAAGGUACUUGGAAUUGUGGGGAAAGGAAUUCCGAAGGAGAAGAAAUUGGCUGGUCCAACCCACCUCCCACUCAAGUCCCACAUCCCAGCCCUUCAACUGCAUCCGCUUCCCGAAGCCAUCGCCAUGGACUCGUAA